AUGCGUGAGGCCAGGCCAGCGAUAUCAGUUCGCCGGUCGAGUCUGAGGCUGAAGGAAGCUCAACGGAUGCAGCUUAUGGAUGAAAUGAUCCAGGAUCAUUUGCGUCGAAAUCCGAAGAUUUUUAAGCCUGAGGGCGUCGCCAGGGAUUGGGAAUUUCGUGGGGCAGUGAGGAAGCUAUUCGGCAUCAUCUACCACAAGACUCUGAAGAGUUGGGUCUAUCGUUCAUCUCAAGGAUGUAUGCGGUACAAGGCUUGUUCAAAGGAAGGGGUCCUCAGUACGCUGAGGAAUAUCUGUAAGCAGCAAGCUGAGACGGAAUGGGUGGAAGACUUUAAUACUGCUGAUGGAAGUCGAAAGCGAAAAUUCCAAGGGGGGCCAUGGGUGUCGAAGCAGCCGGUCAACCGUCUCGAGGAGCUGCCUGUUUCGAGUACCAUGGUCUCGGGAGCAGCUGAGCAGGGAAGACUUCCGGAUCUACCAGACGGUGUAAUGGCGAAGCUUCGGCGGUUUGAAGAGGGAGUUGCAGUCGACUCACGGUCAGCGGACCUUGAUCGUACCGCGGUUUUAAGGGCGGAAGUAGAGAACUGGAAAGACAAGGCGAGAGCGAUGGAGAAGGAGCGGGAAGCAGCCGUGGAAGAGCUCGAACGCGUUCGAAAGGAUAACGAAGAGAAGCUAACGUUGAGGGGAGAGUUGAAGACUCUGCAGGGGGUGACAAAUGCUCUAAAAGAAAUGGUAUCGGCCGCUAAGGAGUUCGGGCGUGUAGAAGAUGGUGCUGGUCGACUCUCGGCCUCAGAGAGGACAUGCAAGGUGCCUCCGCGAGGGGUGAGCUCUCUUCUUGCUGAGAGCACUUCAUGGGAGGGGACGGUCGAGAUAAUCAACCUGGAAGGGGACGACGAAUACGAUAAUAUGCCGACUCCAGCGGACACGUUCGGAGUUCUGGAAUGAUGCUUACUCUCAACCAUUCGCUAUCAACUCCAUUGGGACUUUGUGAUGAAUGUUUCUUCCUAAGAGUCUUAUCGCUUGAAGCGGAUUUAAUCUUAGCAGUUU